UGCCGCUCGAAAACUCCCUCGUUUCUCGUCCCACUCUCUCAUCAUCCUUCUCAUAUUUCCAUCAAGAUGCCCUCCAAAUUCAUUAAUUCCCUCUCUAUCCUCCUCCUCCUCCUCCUCCUCCUCUGCGUUCAGUCGCAAUCCCGCAAAGCCCUAAAACACAGAAACUCAUCCCUAAGAGACCCACUCGUCAACCUUUGGCCGCUGCCCAAAGAAUUCACUCACGGUGCUCAGACCCUAACCGUCGAUCCCAGCCUCGCGCUUCAAACCCUAGGAGCUGGCGGGGAUUCGAAGAUUGUAGUUGAAGCGUUCGAGAGGUAUAAAGGUUUGAUCUUUACGCAUAGGGGCAAUGAUUUGCUGAAGUACGAUGUCGGGAAAUUGACGGUGGUGGUGGCUUCCGAUGGCGACGCGCUCGAGUUUGGUGUGGAUGAGAAGUACAAUCUUUAUAUUGAUGGUGGAAUUGGGAGGUCUAUUAUUAGCGGAGCGACAAUUGAGGCAAAUACCGUAUAUGGAGCUCUCCGCGGCUUAGAGACUUUUAGCCAGUUGUGUGUUUUUAACUAUGAUACAAAAACUGUAGAAGUAGACAAGGCUCCAUGGUACAUUCAUGACGAACCAAGAUUUCCCUUUCGUGGGCUUCUUCUUGAUACUUCACGCCAUUUUCUGCCACUAAAUGUUAUCAAACAAGUGAUUCAGUCUAUGUCUUAUGCUAAAUUGAAUGUUCUUCAUUGGCAUAUCAUAGAUGAACAGUCCUUUCCUUUAGAGGUGCCUUCUUAUCCAGAUUUGUGGAAAGGAGCAUACACAAAAUGGGAGAGAUAUACAGUUGAGGAUGCACAAGAAGUUGUUAACUUUGCAAAGAAUAGAGGCAUCCAUGUUAUGGCAGAGGUUGAUGUCCCAGGUCAUGCAGAAUCCUGGGGCGCUGGUUACCCUAAUCUUUGGCCUUCUCCUAAUUGUACAGAGCCCCUUGACGUCACAAAAGAUUUCACAUUUGAAGUUAUUUCUGGAAUUUUGACGGAUAUGAAAAGGAUUUUCCCAUUUGGGCUAUUCCACCUGGGAGGUGAUGAGGUCAAUACAGGUUGCUGGUCUUCGACCCCACAUGUAAAACAAUGGCUUGAACAGCAUAACAUGACAACAAAAGACGCAUACCAAUAUUUUGUAUUGAGAGCUCAAGAGAUGGCGAUUUCUCAUAAUUGGAUUCCUGUUAAUUGGGAAGAAACCUUCAACACAUUUAAGGAGAAACUCAAUCCUAAAACAGUUGUACAUAACUGGUUAGGACCGGGAGUUUGUCCUCAAGCUGUUGCAAAAGGUUUUAGAUGUAUUGUAAGCAAUCAGGGCGUGUGGUAUCUUGAUCAUCUAGAUAUUCCGUGGGAGGGCUUCUAUGACAGUGAACCGUUGGAAGGAAUAGCUGAUUCUUCACAGCAAGAACUUGUUCUUGGGGGAGAAGUUUGCAUGUGGGGUGAGACAGCUGAUACAUCUGAUGUUCUACAGACGAUAUGGCCACGUGCUGCUGCCGCUGCAGAGCGCAUGUGGAGUUCAAGGGAGGCUACUGCUCCAGGAAGUAUAAACUCAACUGUGUUGCCUCGUCUACAUUACUUCAGAUGCUUGUUGAACCAUCGCGGAGUUCCAGCUGCUCCAGUUAACAAUGCCUAUGCCCGGCAGCCCCCUGGUGGUCCUGGUUCAUGCUUUGCACAGUGAUCUCGGUUCUGUUGUAUUAUACCAAGCAACCCGUGUAAGUUUUGUCCCACAUUAUUCAGUUAUCUGUAAUCCAUUGUGAGUAUUUGUAUAAGAGCCUUUGAAUGGCUCUAUUGUGUUCUUAUGUAAUCUCUUCUUUCUGCUUUAUGUUGUUUACAGUUCUAUUUAUGUGAUGUGAGCCGAAUUGUAAACUGUUCCCCCGCUAUAAAUUCCCAGUCGGUCAAUUCUCAGUU